AUGGCCCUCACGCAGAUCUACUGCUCAAACCAGUAUUCGAAGAGCACUAGGAGUACCGGUGAGCCAGACCUCACAGGGAGCUCUGGGUUGCCCCAGACUAGAACUGAGCCUGGCUCUGGUUUCAGUUGCAGGUGGCUGGCCCAGAAUGGGGAGUGGGCUUUUCCCGAGGUAAUGGGACUUCUCUUUGUCCUAACCAUCUGCAGUAUGAUUUCUCUCAAUUUCUCAGAUCCUGGUAUCUUGCAUCGAGGCGCCUUCAAGCAGGACCCUGAGGCAGCAUAUGUGGCCUUUCAAAUGCCCUGGUGCCCACAUUGUUCCUUCCACUGCCUUCCCUGGACCUUCCACUGCCCCUUAUGCAACAUCUGUGUGGAGGACUUUGACCACCACUGCAAGUGGGUCAAUAAUUGCAUCGGUCAUCACAACUUCCGCAUCUUCUUGCCACUGCUCAUAUCUUGCCUCUACCUGAGUGUCCUGCUGGCUACCUGCCUGAUAUUCCUCCUGCGCACGAGACACGGACCCUUCUCCCUGGACAAAGCCAUGGCCUUCAUCCUAGCUCUACCUUCCACCAGCCUCCUGCUGCCGCUCAUCCUGCUCCUGCUGAUCCAAGCUGCGUGGGUGAGCGCCGCCAGGCGCCCCUAAGAGGGCCAGGGACAAUUCCUUCAGGGGGACAACUUCUUCUACCAGGGCUGUGCCAGCAACUGGUAUAUGACCAUUUGUGCACCGUUGGGAUCCAAGUACUUGUCAGAAGCUGUCUGGCUGCAGAGAGAGGAAGUAACCGAGUGGGAUUCCCUGCACGCUCUGUGCUUGCCAAGAUACUCCUCCCCACACCAUCCUACAGAGUUCCCUGGGCCCACAUCUCAAACUCUGGGUUUCUACACACAUGGGCAGGGCCCCCCAGGGAGUGGCAAGGCUGCAGCUUUACAGGAGGUGAGGAGUAGCAGGAGUGCACUGGGAGAGGGGUGUCUGGGGGUUGCACAUGUGUUGGGGGAAGCCCCUGAAGAUGGGCUGGCCCUGAAACUGAAGCACUUAGAGUUUAAGAAGCAGGAUUAUGGACCUGGAGGGUGUGGGGUCCAGGUCACAAGACUUUACAGCACACCCAGGUGUCCCUGGAUAGAUAGAGAGAAAAGACUGCACCGCUAACUUUUUAGUUGGCCUUGGGCCAGUCCCUUACCUUUCUGGGCCUCAAUUUCCUCAGCUAUUAAUGAGGACUGAGACCAGUUCUGUAGUGUAUCAUGUUUUAAAGGAGAAAUUUUUUAAAUGGAAAUUUUUACUUGAAGUCCCCAUGUGAAACAAACGGAGUGGAGCAUUAGGAGCGCAGUGGGGUGGGUAACCCACAGUGCCCCUCAAAGUUCCUUGUAGUGACUUGUGCUGCCAGCCCUCUCCUUUGUCCUGUCUCCAGGGGCCCAGGGCUUGACUGUGAGCUAUGGGGUGGAGGUCAGGGAGAGCCCCCAUGUAUUGACUCUGUGUUUAGCUUCCCAUCAGCCCAAUGCUGCAGUGGGAAGCCCCCAGGAGAGGCUUGGCCUCCCCUUCACCCCUUCACACCCAGUGAUCCAAGGACGUGCACCUGAACUUCAUUUCGUGAGCCCCACAUGGAGGUCUUUCGUGCCUGAACCCUCAUUCACUUCCUUUGGGAAUGCCAAGACCCC